UGGGCGCUGCUUGCUUCGAACUGUUGCACGGUGUUUGUUGUGCCUGCUCUAACUAAUAAUGAACAACUUAAGGAUUUAAGGAGUCACUUUUGGAACUGAACUGCAUUUCGCAACGUGUGUUCAAUAGUUUAUGAGGGAACAUUCGAGUUGGAAUAAGAACCGUGGUCUUUCGGCCCUUCUGGAGUAUUGAAUUCAUUAGAUGGACUUCAAAUGAACUGAAGUCAAGCCACAUUUGGCUGUUUCCCUGCUCCAUUCAAAAAAGAUGGCAGACCGCUUUUACAAGUUGGAAGAUGAAGCCUUCCCGAGUUUCCUCUGCAAGUCUCUGGACAGCACCAGUGGCCGUGCCACACUGGGGAAUGUGACAUUGGGUUCAGGCCCAGGGCUUCCAGUGGCUGCUUCUACAGUGGCUAAAAUUAAACCAGGAUCUGACAACAGAGAAGACCCUGUUGAGGCGUCAUAUCUGGAGGGCCAAGAGCAGCAGGCCAAAUCCCAGUCCUUUCUUAGGGAACAACCCAUGUUCGCCCUAAGCUUCAAGGAUGACUUGGACAAUGCGGAUGACUUCAUUGCAGCUCACCGUCUCUCAGACAUGCUCGUAAAGAUUAAUUUGGAUGAGAGUGCAUCUCAAAACCAAGCCUCCAUGCUGAGGCUGUGUUCUCCACAGAUGGGCUCAGUCCACAGCCGGCACACAGAGCUUGGAACAGAUCUUUCAACGGGGCUCCUGACGUGUGCCCAUUUUGGGCAAAAAGAAAACACAGAUGCAAAGGCUCAGCCUCUACCUGCUACAGCUGACGAGGACAAUGUGCAGCGUGAGGGAGUGGACAGUGACCAUUUCAGUGGCAGUAACUCUAGCUUCCUGGCAAAUGAGAAGCUAAUGUCCAUGGACAGCAUCAGUAGCGAUAUCACAGAUGAUGAUGAGCUGGAGCUGUAUUUCAAUAAGCUGGUGCCCCUCCUCAUGCAGCGAGGCAGAGUGGAGGGCCAGGAGAUUCCUGUGACAGGACGGCCAGGUGCUACUGACAACAAUUCAAACCCAAGUUCUACAGAACCAGAGCAGUAUAGACACCAGUUUCUCGAUGACUACAAUCAGGAAGACUUUCAGAUGCCUGAUGUGCGUCUUGCUGCUACAGGUAUGGACUCCUGUCCAGCCAGUGAUGAGGACACUGAGGAUGAGCUGGAGUCUGCCAGAAGGGACAGCAAUGCUACCCGGACACGGCUGCUGCCCAGCACUUCAAGACAACUGGUUGGAGAGAGCAAUCGUCCCAGUUUCAGGCCAGGCUUAGAGGGAGGCAGUUCUGAUGAUGAGGCUUCCAGUGGCCGCGGCGGUCCAUCUCUAUCUGGGAUUGAACAGAGACGAUCGGCUGAGGGACAGGUCAUCAACCCUCCAGUCACGGGGGAUGGAGGAGGUGGGGAUGGAAGCAGUGGGAGUGAGGAAAGCGGAAAUGACGGUGGGGUUGCGACCAUCCCUCUCCCGGCGACUGUGGUCCAGACCACCUAUGAUGCCCUGCGUGGGCUGGGGGUUGUGGGGAGUAAUGCUAUUGGUGAGGAAAAUGAUGGCAAGCUGAAUCUGCAAGGACAUAAUAGGAAUAGUCUUUUCAGACAUACCGAGAUGGGGGACCGUGUGGGUCCUGUAGGAAUAGGAGAGGCCAGCUCUUCUUCCGGUGCAUCAAGGGGAACUCAGAGGCUUUCUUCUGUCAACUGGAGCAUGGUCCUAGACAGACAGGAGGCACUGAAUCAAUCAGUCAGAUUCCAGCCUCUCCACCAUGGACAAGACUAAAGAGCUGUCUAAGGACCUCAGGGACAAGACUGUAGACCUGCACCAGGCUGGGAUUGGCUACAAGACUAUCAGAAAGCAGCCUGGUGAGAAGGAGACCACUGUUGGUGCCAUCAUUUGAAAAUGGAAGAAAAGUAAAAUGGGCAUCAAUCAACAAUCAAUCGCCCUCGUUCUGGGGCUCCACACAAGAUC